AUGGAUGAAAAUGGACAAGACCCAGAUCCUACCAACAAGCAUGAGACUAACUCACAAGACAAGACUCUGAAGAGAUGGAAUCCAUCAGGGGGCUGCGAGAGAAUGUGCAGCACCUUCUUUUCUCUGCACCAUCAGAAACAGCUGGUCCUGCUCAACUCCCAGAGAUGGGUUCUCCAGACGCCCCAACACUUCCAUCUGCCCAAGCUGCCAGGAAGAGAAGACCCCGUGGGGAAAGGGCUCUUCACAGCUACAGAGUUUAUUAAAAACAACCUCCGAUGUGGAAAGGGCCUUGGAGAUCUGGGGUUUAGUCCAGGAAUGGCUGAGGAGCACUGGAGCAAGAGACCAAAACCAGCCAAGUCAGGAAUGCAAGGAAAGGAAAGGGUUGAACAGAGAACAGAAAGACAAAGAACAGGCAGUUCCAAAGAGCCAAGAACGCAAAUCGUUUGCAGACGCCGGUGUGAUAGUCAACCAAGGCUCCUGUGGGAGUGCCUGUCACUGUGAGCUCAGGCACAUCUACACAUCACAGCGCAUGAGAACACAGGCCACUGGGACAGACUGAUGUCUAUGCUUCCCUUAAAGACCACACCCACAGUGACCUUGCAUUUUUCCAUUUCUUUUACAUUUAAGGCUGUAUCUGGUAUUUAG